GCGCGCGAACGAAACGUUCUGUCCCACUCUUGCGUGUAUCUCGUUUUGUGGAGUGGGCGCGCGGUCACACCGCUCGAGCCUCUGGACUGAAUAAUUGAGGCAGAAGGCAGGCAGUCAUGGGAAAAGUAUGUGCACACAUGGACCGCAAACAUGGAAUAUUAUGAAAGAAAACGAAAAGGCAGCGCUGUCAUUUUUUACGUCUGAAUUCAGUGACACCAAGUGUGAGGCUGACAGAAAGAACUUUUGGCUUAACAGCUCGCAGACGGGAUAUUUGCACAACAGUGGCAACUCCCUAUCAAUGAGGAACUUUGCUACCCUGCACCCCUUCUUCCUUCUGUCCCUGACACCUUGACACAACUAUUUUCCAUCUACUAUUUCCUUUUGUCAAUUGCUCUUUUCCUCCGAACUCCCUCUUUGUUACAAACAUGGACUCCUCUGGAGAAAUAACCUCAGCCCAGGAUGGACAUCCGGACCCCAGUUGCAGCCCCAGUCGCUCUGAUCUCAGCGGACUGUACCAACUGGGUCGGACAUUGGGCAGGGGUCACUUUGCUGUGGUCAAACUGGCUCGUCAUGUCAACACUGGGCAACUGGUUGCUGUCAAGAUGAUUGACAAGACAAAACUUGAUGUUAUGGCAACAAGCCACCUCUUACAGGAAGUCAGGUGCAUGAGGCUGGUGCAGCAUCCCAAUGUGGUUCGCCUCUACGAGGUCAUCGACACGCCCACCACCCUGUACCUUGUCAUGGAGCUGGCCGAGGGCGGCGACCUCUACGACUACAUCCUCCGUCAUGAGGGUGGCGUGGCUGAGGGCACCGCCAAGCGCCAUUUUGCCCAGAUUGUGUGUGCUGUGGCGUAUUGCCACCAGCUCCACGUGGUUCACCGGGACCUGAAGCCCGAAAAUGUGGUGUUCUUUCCCCAGCAAGGUGCGGUGAAGCUGACAGACUUUGGGUUCAGCAACCUAUUCCAACCCGGGACAAUGUUGGCCACCAGCUGUGGGUCACUGGCGUACUCCGCUCCAGAGAUUCUGCUGGGAGAAGAGUAUGAUGCUCCAGCUGUGGGGAUUUGGUCCCUGGGAGUGUCGAAAUCCUUGUACAUGUUGGUGUGUGGAGUCCCUCCCUUUCAGGAAACCAACGACAGUGAGACGCUGGUCAUGAUUCUGGACUGUCGCUACUGCGUCCCCAAACAUGUUUCAGACGACUGCAGAGAUCUGAUCUCCAGGAUGCUGCAGAAGGAUCCAUCUUGCCGCGCCUCGCUUGAGGAGAUUGAGGCUCAUCACUGGCUGCAAGGGCUGGAUAACAUCUUGCUCAGCCCAGAGGCCCCACCACACUGGCUCUCAGGGGCCCUCUCCCCCUGCUCUCCCCGAUCAGGAGUACCUGAAUGUGGGGACCUGCUCGCCGCAAGGCCCCCUCCUCAGCAGGCUUUCCCUGGCCCCUGGCAACCCAGCCUCAGCCUCACCCUCCGUCCAUCUCUGGCUGAGGAGCCUCCAGCCACCAAGAACCUGCCUGCACUACAGAAGAUCUGUGAGGAGGAAGAAGAGGAAGAGGAUGAGGAGGAGGGCAGUGUGGCAAAGGAGGGUAAAGGUUUAGUAGCAGAGCCAGAGAAAGAAGCUGAGGAGAUGCUUGAUGGUGCAGAUCAAGAGUGCAGGGAAGAAGAAGAAAAGUGGAAAUUGAGCAGCUUAGUGGAGAUAAUAGAGGAGGAAGAGGAGGAGCAGGAAGAUAUGGCAAUGGAAAUAGAGAAAGAAGAGAGUGGUUGUGUGAUUUCUGACCAGCCAGUCAGAAAUGGAGACAAGACGAUCAGUCAGACACCUGAAGCCCUACCAGCAUCUUUGCCUGGUUUGGGGGUACCGUGCUGUCAAGGGCAACCAGACUCCGCAAGCCUGGAGGAAGGAAACAACGAGGGGACAGAACCUAACAACAACACCAACAAACCUCCUCCUCUUCUCCCUGCAUCCUCUUCCAGACUCAUCCGGAACGAGAUAGAAGCCCAAAAAAAAGAAAGAGAAGGAGAACAAGACGAGAAAGCAGAGGGUGGAAGAGAUGACCUCUUAACAGACAGAUCUCAACCCCACAAUGCUUUGGGGACCCGGGAUGAGGCUGCUCCGAGGCUAGAGCAGGGGAAACGACAUAGCAUAAAGCUGCGUGAGAGACUCUUUCAGUUUCCUCUGUGUGAGAAAGCUCUGGCCUUGAACAUACCGACACACAACAAGCCCAAGAUCCUGCCGCUGACUCAGUACAACUGCUGCCAUGUGCUAUAAGCAAAAGCAGCCUGUGUGCUGCCUGCGGUGGGCUGCUUGCUCACUUGGGACAUGCAGACUGUUAUGCAGUGGGCAGGUGGCUGGCUACAGAGCACACACCUUAUGAAAUGGCAAACGGCUGAGCUCCCUGUUAAGCCUUUCUGCUGCAGAGACCUUUAGGCAGUAGAGCAAAGGCCCUCAGUGUGCUGGAUGGGACGUGUACAGCUUCAUUCCUACAAACACUCAGUUCUAACAUUGUGCUCAUGUAAGAAACAUUGUGUGAAGCUAGCGUGGACAGCACAGUGGUAGAGCAGGGCGGUGUGGAGAAAAUCAAAUAUCACAAUAGUUUUCACCAAUUACCUUGAUAACGAUCGAUAUUGCGGUGACAUUGUAGAGUUGACUAUUUGUGUUUUCACAAAAAUGUUAACACAUUGAGAGUUUUGAUGAAUAAUCACCAAUCAUGUUGAUACAAUGACUAAGUGGGUAAAGGCAAAUAAUAAAACUAGCUAGUAAGUCUAGUAAGUUCAGAAAAGGGCAUCACUUUGCAGCAGCCUCUAAAACCAGAAAAACACUUGGCUCAUAUCACAAUAUUAUGAUAUCCAAAAUGUAAGACGAUAUCUAGCCUCAUAUAUCAGUGUCAAUAUACUAUUGAUAUAUUGCCCAACCCUACACAGUUCUCAGACUCAGUAGAACCUCACGUAUUUGUUCCUGUUACAGGAGCAACCGUAGAGAUACAACGACUAGACUGUGUCCAAUCUGUAGCUUAGAAACAAUACUGGACCUACAGGGAGGAGGGAGGGAGAAUGAAGAAAGAUGACGACGGCAAGAGAUAGGCAGCAGUAUUUAUUGAAUAAGCUUUAGUCUGUUUUGUUUGUUUAAAAGGUGCCUACAACGAUGAAAUGGUUUCAUACUGUACAUGGCCACUGUGUCAUUUUAUUUCUGACUUAAAAAGCUCUAAAAGACAGAAUGGUCUAGCACUAGGUAGAUCCAUGAUUUCAUCAUUUCUAGUAUAUAAAGUAGAAUACACCAAUAAACCAGCUUCUGCUACAGAGUAACACUUGUUUCCUCUCUUCCCUUUGCACAACCUGCUUCUCUCAUUGGUUUUAAUAUAAGCUCUUAAUAUAAGCUCUAUUAAAGAAAGACUGAGACUGUUAUGAUGUGACAUGAUAUGAUGUGAUACUGUGUAAUAUAUGCCUAAGACUAAAAUUACAUGAUUUUCUGUUCUCUUAUUCAUGAAGUCUAAAUGAUAUGACUUGUCCUAAUAUAAUGUAUACUAUUAAUAGGAGCAUUGAUCAUUGAUUGGGAUGCAGGUCUUCCGUUGUAUUUGAACUUGUUCUUUUUAUUCAUACUUAACAGUUUAACAGUUUUAAGAAUAUUUGAUCAUAACAGUUUUAUUUUGGAUGUGCAGAUAUUUGAAUUUUCUUGAUUUUGUUUUAUAUAAUGUGACAAAGAUAUUAAUUCUCUGAAGAGAUAUGUGACUUUGUGCAUGCUAUUACUGUUAUUUAUCACAAUAUACCUCCAUGUCUUGGAUCUGACAGGACAUUGUUCUUGUGUAACUGUAAGUACCUUGAGGUAACCCACUGAAUGAUGAAUUGCACACAGUAUGACUACUUUAGCUGGUAGCUUUCUUAAAGGAUUAUCUUUGGACUGAUGGAUAGAUUUGUUUGCCAUUUGGCCCAAAUGUACUAUGUUAUUGUGAAGCUGAGGAGUCCCUCCGUAUGGUAUUAUUUUACCAUAUAAUGCCUCUGUGUUCCUCUAUUUUUUCAUGCACAUGUAUUUUUCCUCUUUAGAAGGUGAGACAAGAAGUGAAUCAUUUUGUUAAGUUAAAGAAGGCCAAAGCUGUACAAUAAGCUAAGGAGCAGAUGUCAUGUGAAAUCUGAUUAUCACGUAUAUUUCAUCAGCCAUGUAAGCAUAAAAUCUGUGCAGAAGAGGGAUAAAAUCCCAUUAUUUGUUCCUGUGUGAUGCACAGCCUGUCUCUCCUCAGUGUGUCUGUGUCUACUGACCUACAUUGUAACUAGGACCACGUCUCUAUCGAGCCAUGAACUUAUUUUUCUGUAUUUAUUUAUUAAAGUGGAUUUAAUCAAUAGGA